GGAUGUUCCUCUGCAGCCUCUUUUCUUACAGCAAUCUUUGCCAAUCCCUAAUGCCUGAACGGCACUCACUGACGUCUCGGGAAGAAGGGGCAAGGCUGCUGUUGUCUGGCAAGAGGCCACACGUGGGUGGCAACACUCUGUUGUUUUUCAGUCAGGUUCUACUCAGUUGGUUGAGCUUGCAGCUGCUAUCCAUGCAUUCAAUUUAUUUGCUACUGAACCCCUUAAUGUUGUCACUGACUCUGCCUAUGUGUUUGGUAUUAUACAAAGAUUAGAGAAAUCCUUUUUAAAGGAAGUUGCAAAUCAGGACUUGUUUAAUCUCCUCUCUAGACUGUACACAUUGAUUUCACGGAGAGCUCAUCCUUAUUUUGUGUCUCAUUUACGUUCUCACGCUACAUUGCCUGGACCCACGGUUAAAGGUAAUGCUGUUGCUGAUUCUUUUACUAUGGCUGUUGUGGUACCUAAGAAACUUUUCAACAGGCUCAACUCUCCCACGAAUUUUAUCAUCAGAAUGCCAAGGCACUCUCCAAGGAUUUCCAGCUCACACUGCAGCAGGCACGAGAAAUUGUCUCUGCCUGUCCAGACUGUCAGCGUCUCCUGCCGCUUCCUACAGACUGGAUCUAAUCCUCCUGGAUUGCAGCCCCAUGAACUACAGCAAACUGAUGUUACUCAUAGUUCUGCAUUUGGGGUUCUUCACUUUGUACAUGUUACUGUUGACACCUUCUCUGGGUUUAUUGUUGCUUCUGCACACAGGGGAGAGAAGGCUAAAGAUGUCUGUCGCCAUUGGCUUCGUGCAAUUGCUGUUUUAGGUAUUCCACAGAAAAUUAAGACUGAUAACGGGCCAGGUUAUGUCACUAGACAAACAAAAACUUUUUUAGCUGAGUGGGGUAUCCUGCACGUUACAGGUAUUCCCCAUUCUCCAACUGGUCAAGCAAUUAUAGAGCGUUCUCACCUUACACUGAAAAACAUGCUUUAUAAACAAAAAAGGGGGAAUCCCCUGGGUAUCACACCUCAGGAACAAUUAGAUAAAGCCACUUAUGUUUGGAACUUUUUGAAUCUUACGCAUGGUGACAAUUUGACUGCUAAUCAGUGGCGAUAUGGUUUGCCAGAUCAAACAAAUAUGAAGCCUACUGUAUUUGAUAAAGACUUACAGUCAGGAAAAUGGAUGGGUCCAGUACCCUUGUUAUCAUGGGGACAUGGUUAUGGUUGUGUUUCUUUAUCCACAGGACCAUACUGGUUACCUGCGAAAAAUAUCAAGCCUGCCAAUACUAUACAGAAAGAUGCAGAGUCUGUCGAAGAUGUCUCUCAAGACAAAGAUAAGAAGGAAGAUUCUAAUCUUCCUCAGGUUUAAUCAUGUUGAAUGUGUCUCGCAUUAUCAUGUGUAUGUCUUGCCUGUGUUUAGGCCUCUCAUAUGGUGGGAUCGAACAUCACUUAAGUAAUAAUGAUACGAGAUGGAUGAGAGGAGUUUUAUUACUACCAUCUUGUGAUGAUCUUAACAAUUACUUUAAGGCUAGCCAGAUAUUUUGUAGUGACUUACAUGUGUGUCACACGGGCCAAUGUUACUAGGCCUGAGAAUCAAUCUCCUUCUAUUAAUGUCACUGCCCAGUUACAUCUCGUUGGAUUAAAACUAAAUGGCAAAACUAAUUACACUGUGGUCACUUUGCCAAGUCCAAACAAUACCAACAAGGAGGGUAUUAUCCCAUAUUCGUCCUAUUUCCAGCAUGCAACCUGCAAAAAUUGUAAGAUUUGCAACAAUUGGCUCAGAGACCAUGUCUGAGGUUGUAUCCUCAAAGACAAAACUCCUAAAUUCCUUGGAUUCUAAGGACAACCAUUCUAGCAUUAAAACAGAUCUAAUGACAUUAGUUUUGCCAGGUUUAACAUGAACUGUAUAGCAGCUGUAUAUGCAGAAAAAUCUUACCUUAAUUAACCUGAUGGAUUUUGCAUUGUGCUAACAUAACUGUGUGUACUACUCACUUAUAUGUAUUUGCAUUAGUUUGUAAUCCUAAUGUAACCUUUAAUGAUAGUUUGUAUUCAUUAGAAGCACAAUCCUUUUCUUUAAGAAUUAUAUUACACAUGUUGAUUUAGCAUUAGGAAGUUAGAUGACUAUCAUUCUUUUAGAAAAUAACCAGAAUUAUGCAUACCUGUUAAUUUUAUGUAUGAAUGGCAAGUGAAAGAUGGUGUAGGUUAUUUAGUGAGACUUCCUAAGAAUGAAGUUGAAAAUACAAAAAAAGGGUUAAGUGUGUUCUUGAGUGGUUAGUUUUUACUGUAGUACGUGAUUACAGACACUUGAAGCUGCUUUGUUCUUUUGUUUAAUUUUCUUUCUUUUUGGGUUCCUAGGUUCAAUUAAUUAGACAUGUGGUAUUCAAUGCCAGGUUGUGAUGACCCUUGCUUUGAUUUCUAUUCUAAUAAAAAGGGGGGAGAUGUGGGCUCAGUGAAAGGUCACUCACAUAGUUAAGAUUUACUUGCAUCUGGAGCAACAGUGUGUGACCUUGAGAGCAGUAGUGACCUUGAGAGCAGGGGAGGAGUGAGAAAUACAAGUUUUGCAUCCUGAAACACAUCCUGACAAAAAACAGAGCAGUCUGGGAACCGAAACCUGUCUUGAGAGUAGAAUAAUUGUUAUUGUGAUAAGCUCAGUAGAAGGUAAAAAAAUAUUUUUGU